AUGGAAUCUCUCUCGCAGCUUCUCCGGCGUACCAUCCGCGAAGGUGUACCGUUGUACAACGACGGGCAAACGCAGGAAUGCUACGAAGUCUACCUCAUGGCCGCCCAGCACUCCCUCGAAUCGCCUCUGGUGGUACAAAGCCGCGCUGGGAUCAGUCUCAAGGACGCGUGUCGCCAGGCAGAAGCCAAGGCUACAUCGCCUUAUCUGAACUUCUCAGAGGCAGCCUGGAUCUUGCGCCGCUGCUUUGACGAGAUUUUGUCUUCGCAAGCGUCUCGUCAGCUCAACCUCGCAUCUUCGUCUAUAGCCAGCCAUGCAGAUAGUUCCGACAACGAAGUUGGCUACUGGCAAGAUGAGCGGGUACUGAACUCCAGCGAUGCUGAGAAAGGACAGGCAUUGGCCGAUAUUGGCUUGAUUCUUCAUACUCGUCUCAAACCCGCUCCACAGGAGCAGGUGGAAACGACUGUCCCUUAUGUUGUUCCAGGGUCGGAAAUAGUCGAGACUCUGACCUACUUGGGCCUGGCAGGAAACAGCGCUUUGGCAACUGAAAAAUGCAAUCUUUUGGUGCGAUCAGGUCUAUUAGUCCCUGUCUCGUCCGAGGACGCCACUCGUUUUCAGGACGGCACCCACUUGUAUGCGUUUCCGGGUCGCAACGAGCUGGAAGCCUCCCUUGAAAGGAUUAUUGCUACCGACCGCUCCGCAAUUGACGGUACGGAAGAAAGUGUUCUGCGAAUUGCUCUGGAAACUUCUCUGAAAGGUACAAAUGUGGAUGUGGAAUUAAGACCUGUCCGGGAACAUGGACAUCGCUCGUCGGCUUUCGUGAUCGCAGAAGACUUGGCCGGUGCCAAGAUUUCCGAUUCGCUGGAGGCUUUGCUGCCCCAUUUGGUCAUUGCCGAUCGACGGUACAAUCUCAAGAAAUAUGAGGCUUGCUUUUUAGGCAAUCAAGCCGUAACGGCUGUGUUGGAUACAAAAUUGGCCGACUCGCGCAACGAAGCACUCGUGAUCCUAAAUGACAUGCUUAAUGUUGGAUUAAUCCAUCACGUCACCCACGACCAUUUGGUGGAGGACAAGGUGUUAUUUUACCGCGUCACAUCGAUUGGUGAUAUUAAAACUGCGCUCGACAAUACUUGCGCUUUGCCUGAGGAACCUAAGACCGGCUUCGAACGGCUCCGUCACUCCGCGCUCUUGCGACGGUACAAUCAGUUUGCCAGUCUCAAUAUUCCCGAUAUUUUGAACGCUUUUUACGGAUGCGAUAGCGAAUCCGGCUGGGAUGAGGUAGACUUGCAGAAUUGGCGGACGAACAUGAAGCGCUGGGGCUUUGGGAGACGAGAAGACCAGGAUGAUGACAUGGUCCAUCGUUUGUCGCCGUUGCUGUUGAGUAUUGAUCCGGAAACUUGGGACGUGACGGACGAUGAAGAGUGGGAAUCCCCAUUUGGUAUUAUAGCUCAAAUCGCCAUUUUCGAUCAAGUCUCACGUUCCGCAUUCCGCGGGACGGCCGACGCCUUCAAGUGGGACAAAAUCGCCAUUCGUGCCACGAAAGUAGCCAUCGCCAAGGGAUACUUUGAAACGGCCUACAAGUCAACCUUAAAUCAGUUUCUUAUUCUUUUACCUUUGGAGCAUUCCGAAUCGUGGGAAGACCAAAAGCUAGGCGUGCGCUUGCUCUUAAAGCUCCUCAGUACCGUCGCUGUUCAGGAUGAGGGCUUUUCCGAUUACGAAAUUGUGAAACGCCUUGAAUUUUCCAAACGUUUAUCGACGGCUUUCUUGGAGCACGCCCAGGUAGUGGUUAAAUUCCGACGGUAUCCGCACCGCAACCGAGUCCACGGGCGGAGUACUACGUUGGAAGAGCGAAUAUGGUUGGCCUCUGAUCUGGUGCCGCGCUGGGCCAAGUCGCAGAAUCCCGAAGACGCCCACAAUCUAAUAAAGUUGCCCAUCAUUCCACUAAAGCGUCUCACGAAAGGACGUUGA